UCUUGUCAAUGUGUCAAAAAUAAUCUGAUUUGUUCUCAGCAACAAUAUAUCAGAUUCUCUAACGGAAACAAUCGCGAAAAAAGGCCCAAUUACAAAAAUAUGAACUGUGAAUGGUGCCCUCCAAAAUGCAACGUUAAAUUUCCACCGUGCUUCUACAAAUAUCCCGGCACAAGGUCAAAAACCAAUCCUGGCAGUGUACUGGAACUUCAUUGCUUGGCAAAUGGCAUCAAACCAGACUUUGUGGAUGGAAUUAAAUUGGAUUACCAUCACAGGCUAGGGCGAAAUAAGGCAAUCACUGCAAAUUGGACUCUCAGUCACAAUGAGCCCUCUGGUUUUCGUUUUGGUGGCAUUUACACGGCACAUCUACAUGGAGACAUUAUGCAAACUCCUACCAUUCAUGCGGACAUUAAUCCCACAAACUUCUCUACGAACAUUGGUAUUAUUUAUUAUCCCUUUCGAUGUUUGCGCAUUCAAGCGAACUUGCAGAGGGCAGCCGAGAAGGCCCAGCUAGAUACGCAGACUUGCAUUGAAUGGUGCACGAAUGCCUCAACUCUGACGACCACCUUGUAUAAUGCGCGAACCGAGAGCGGGCGUGGCACUUUAUCCUAUUUGCGUGCCUUAAACGAGCAGGUGGCUUUGGGUGGUGAACUUCUGGUGGAAUGGAAUGAGCCGCAUUCAGUGAUGACCGACAUUGCGUUUGUAGCCCGCUAUCGUCAGCCUCUCUAUUCUUUGGCGGCAACGGUUUCUCGCCAAGGCAUAGAUGUCAGCUAUUGGCAGCGUUUACAUCGCAAGAUUAAAAUGGCCACCCUGUGGGCUUGGCAGAGGAAAACAGGCAAGUCUCUGGCCACCGUGUGCUACCAAUGGAAUUUUGAAGAUGCCUAUGUGCGAGGAAAACUAGAUUCCGAUCUCUCAGUCGGCGUUAUAUAUUCAAGCAGAAUACUGCCGCACGUCCCCAUUGGCAUGGACUUGAGUUUGCUGAUGAACCUCUCAACGAAUCGAUUUGUCUUUGGUUUAAAUUUUACCUUAGAUCCCAGUGGUUUGCGAAAAGGAGAAUAAAUUCAAGAAAAAACUCUGAAGGCAGUCUACGCAAGAUCAUAUCGUUUUGUAUUUUUUAGAAUACACUUUGGGUAGAUAGGAGCAUUUUCAAAAAAUUAUAUUCGUAUAGUUAAUUCCUUAUUACAUUGGACUUAGCAUUAAUUUUUCCCAAUAUAAUAGCAUUAAUUUUU